AUGGAGACAGUUGUUGAUAUUAGUGGGUGUGUUGAGCAGGAUAUUGUAAAGUUUGUCUCUCAAUCUUUUAAAGGUGAAGCUCUAGUUUGGUGGAAAGCCCUGAUACAGGCCACAGGGAAAGUUCCACUUUAUAAUCUGUCAUGGGAUAAAUUUGUUGAUCUAAUGAGAGAAACUUUCUGUCCCCAACACGAAAUAGAGAAAGCUGAAGCUGACUUUUUAACUCUGGUUAUGAAGAAUUUAGAUUGUCCAGCUUGUGUUACUAGCUUCAACGCCAUGUCUCGAAUGGUACCUUAUUUAAUUACACCAGAGCCAAAGCGUAUUGCAUGCUUUAUUGGUGGAUUGGAUCCUGAGGUGAAAGGUCAUGUGAAGGCUUCCAGGCCAGCAACUUACCUGUCAGCAGUAGAUCUGUCUUUGUCUUUGACCUUGGAUAUUAUCAGAAAUAAGUCCGUAAGGACUACAGAUGAUGGGAAGAGAAAAAGAGAAAAUGAUAACUCUCGACGUUCCGAUAAGAAAAAGAAGGGUAAUUCUGAAUUUAAGAAAAGCUCCAACCAGUCAGGUGACAGACCUGUAUGUAAGAACUGCAAGAAACGCCACCACGGUAAAUGCACUAUUGAUCCACGAGAGAGACCCUGUGGAAUUUGCAAAACGAAGGGUCAUAAAGCUUUGGAGUGCAAGGACCUCAAGAAUGCAACCUGUUAUGGUUGCAAUGAGAAGGGGCACAUUAAGCCUAAUUGCCCGAAAAACACGAAGAAGCCUGGAGAGGCUAAAAAGACAAAUGCUCGAGUUUUCCAAAUGAAUGCCAAGGAGGAAGUGCAGAACGACAACAUAAGUCCUUUGUAG